AAAAAGGAGAGGAAGCACUCCAUAUUAGAGAGAGAGAGAGAGAAGGAUUGUAAGAAGGGAAAGAAGAAAAGCCAUGUGCCCCACGACGGUAAACCAAAAUCACCGGACCUUGAUAGGAGAACCGGCCGAAAGCUGUUCGGAACAUGGAGAGUCCACUGCGACGGUGGAUUGGAUUUCGGAGACGAUCGAUGGUGGUUCCUUACGCCUUGUCGACCUGAACACAGGGAUUAAUGGUUGGGCCUCACCGCCUGGGGAUCUCUUUUGUCUUCGUUCUAAGAACUACUUGACGAAAGGGAAGAAAGCGCCGUCUGGUGAUUACUUACUUUCUCCUGUUGGUGUUGAUUGGUUGAAAUCUAGUACCAAGCUUGAUAACGUUCUCGCUCGUCCUGAUAAUCGAGUUGCGCAAGCUUUGAGGAGAGCGCAAGCCCUAGGUAAGUCGAUGAAGAGCUUCAUUAUUGCGGUUAACAUUCAAGUCCCUGGGAAGGAUCAGUAUAGUGCCGUGUUUUACUUUGCUACUGAAGAUCCAAUUCCGUCUGGCUCGCUUCUUCAUCGAUUCAUCAAUGGCGAUGAUGCUUUCAGAAAUCAACGGUUGAAAUUGGUGAAUCGGAUCGUGAAAGGUCCAUGGAUUGUGAAGAAAGCGGUAGGAAAUUACAGUGCGUGUUUGUUAGGGAAGGCAUUGACGUGCAAUUACCACAGAGGGCCUAACUAUUUGGAAAUUGACGUAGAUAUGGGAAGCUCAAAGUUAGCCAGUGCGAUUUUGCAUCUCGCGCUUGGUUGUGUCACUAAUGUUACAGUAGAUAUGGGAUUUCUGGUGGAGGGACAGACGGAGGAGGAGUUGCCAGAAAGACUGUUCGGCGCCGUCCGGAUUUGCCAGAUGGAGAUGUCGUCGGCGACUGUCGUAGAGGCGCCGACAUUGGCGCGUGGAGUAUCAUGUGCAAAGGUGAAUCACCACAAACCUGGCGACGAAGACGAUAACUGAUUCGAUUCAAUUGGCGGUAAAAUUUCCGAGUCUUGCUCAGUUCAUGAGUAAAAUUUCUUUCAGCCUUGAAAUGAUAGAUUCGUAGAUGGAAAAUAUAGAAGGUUACUAGCCGGAUUCAUGAUUGUAGAUAAUAAUUGGAAAAUGCUCGAGAUUAUUUGCCUAAUUGAAAUUUCUCUGAAAUUGAAUCGAAAUUAUAUCUUGCUUUCAAAAUCACACACCACAGGUUUUUGUUCUACAAUAGAGUUUGUUUGAUUAUAAUUCUUAGACGGGCGGUGGAAUAACGUUCCUCCAUUAGAGUCUGUUUGCCAGACAUUUGUAUGAUUACAAAUGGCCUGUUUAAAUGCCGUCUAUGGUGGUGGGGACGGCGACGGAGACAGCAACGGCGGCGAUUUUCCGUCGGUUGGCAGUUUCUGGAAUGGGGUAGUUGAGGUGUAUUGGAACGUUGAGUAUGUUGUGGGCCUAACAACAGUGAUAUGGUCCAUCUUUAAACAUUUAUCUGUAACUUUAGCAUUGAAUAAAGAAUUUUAACCCUUUCUUCUUGGGAUA